UAAUUUUUUUUUUCAACGUUUAUUUAUUUUUGGGACAGAGAGAGACAGAGCAUGAACGGGGGAGGGGCAGAGAGAGAGGGAGACACAGAAUCGGAAACAGGCUCCAGGCUCUGAGCCAUCAGCCCAGAGCCCGACGCGGGGCUCGAACUCACGGACCGCGAGAUCGUGACCUGGCUGAAGUCGGACGCUUAACCGACUGCGCCACCCAGGCGCCCCCCCACUUGCCUCCUCUUAUAGCACUGUUCCUUCCCUCUUCUCUGAAAAAUUUGACAAUUCUGGGCUCUCCUUUGAGUUUAAAUCCAGGAAAAUCCAACAAAAGUCCACAGAUGUCAUCUGAGAAGAAAAGGAACACUGGGACACCAGCUUUACCCACUGCCACACUGUUUAUCAAAUUAAGAAACUGUCACACAGAGAAGCAGAAAGACCCAAAGAGAUGGAAAGAUAAAUGUUUUUGUUAUUGGAGUUGGAGAUUUAUUACACCAUUUUUUAAAAUUACCUUUAUUGAGGACUAAUUUACAUGCAUUAAAAUAUACAUAUUUUAUGUGUACUGUUUGAUGAGUUUUGACAAAUGUAUAUAGGUAAUCUAAUUUGGGAUGGAGGGCAUUAAGGUCACCUGGGGUUAUGUAGGUCCAGGGGUUUAACAGAGGGAUCCUGGCCAGGGAAGAGAACAUCAAGACUCUUGGAAAACAUACUCAAACAGAGACAAGUGGAGACACCAGGGCCAACCUGAAAUUGUUCCUGGGGUCUCUAUGCACCAGGAUCUGAACCUCCAGAAUGUCUCACAACUUCGUGGCACCUCUUGGCCCUCCUGAGGGAGUGGGCCAGCUGCCUUUCACACCAGUCUCACGUGUAUAUGCCAGGAGCGGUGACCUGUGACUGAGCCCUCCUUCUCUGCUCUGCAACUCUCCUGCCAAUACCCACACCCCUCAUCCUCGCCUACCGGUGGGGAUGGGAGGGGUCCGUUCCAGACCACGACAGCCAAUUUUCACCGCUGCCAGACACCCACCGGGUCUGAUUUUCUCUCCAGCCUCAGUUAGAAAUCGUCUUCGAGUCCUCGGCAGCACCGCAGGCCGGAAAAAGCAAAAGGGCCGCGCCAGGUGUUGGCAUCAGAAAUACUCCUUUGGGUCUGCCAUUCUCUGGUCCCUGGGAGCUCUUGGCCUCUGAGGUGCGAUCUACUGAGCCAGCCCAGCAACCAGGUCCGCUCCCGCCUCCUCAGCUUCUGAAAUAUUCUAGGGGUUGCAGGUUCAGCUUCACUUAGAGACAGCAACUCCGACUUCAGGUUGGCUAGGGAAACUGAGGCACGACUGGGGAUUUUAGGUGAGGGGUCUAAAGUUGGCCGCAGACUUUACUCCUGUAACUGCGAUAACCCCUAUCGAAAGCCCAGUGUGGUGCGUGCAGAUCUAAGAAACCAGUGGGCCGGUUUGCGCAGACAUCUGGGGGAUAGCGAAGCACCGCCCAAGCGGCUGGGAAACCUCAGGGGUGGCGCUGGCUGGAGGUGGGGCCAGGGGUGGGUCCUGGCGGAGGGCGGGGCCGACCUGGACUACCAGGAGUGCCAGCCUAGCCCUGUACAGCAGAGGUGGUGGUAGUCGCCUUUGCCCUUGGUUCUUGUUCUGCUUGCGCUCGACCUCGCAGCCAUGGAGGCACCCCAGGAGCUUCUGAGUGGGAAGCUCCAACUCUGCUUCACCCCCGCUGCCGGGACCAGCCUCCUGAUGCUCAGGCUGAACGACGCGGCGUUGCGGGCGCUGCAAGAGUGUCGGCGGCAACAGGUUCGGCCAGUGAUCGCUUUCCAAGGCAACCGAGGGUAUCUAAGGUUCCCAGGACCUGGCUGGUCCUGCCUCUACUCCUUCAUAGUGUCCCAGUGUGGCCAAGAGGGCCCUGGUGGCUUGGACCUUGUGUACCAACGCUUAGGCAGAUCUGGGCCUAACCACCUCCACUGCCUGGGCCCACUCAGGGAACGCCUCACUAUUUGGGCAGCCAUGGAUUCCAUCCCUGCCCCAUCUUCAGUUCAGAGACACAAUCUAACUGACAGUGCCAGAGAUCCUGAGAGUUGGCAGAACAUAGGAGACUAUUCUGAGGAAGACACAGUUUCACAGCCACAAAUGGUACUAAAAGAGGUGCCAGAUCCCCUGGCAAGCAGCCAAAGACAGUCACUCCCAGGAUCCUCAGAGGAACACAUGGCACAGUGGGAAGUGAGAAACCAGACCCAUCUUCCAAACAGAGAACCUGAUCAGGCACUGCCUUCCUCAGCUAGCCAGAAACAUUCAGACAAGAAGCGUCCAGCACCUGCAACCACUAGAAAACUAAAAGAAAAGAGGCUCAGAACCCUGCCUUUAGCUCCAAGUCCCCUACAAGCACUGCCCAGUGAGGACCUGCAAGAGGGAGAUUGGGAGCAAGAAGAUAAAGAUGAAGACAUGGGCUCCAGGCUGGAACACAGUCCCUCAGUUCAAGCAGAUUCUGAAUCCCCAAGCCCUGAAGAAGUACCAGAUUAUCUCCUGCAAUACACAGCCAUCCACAGUGCAGAGCAGCAACAUGCUUAUGAGCAGGACUUUGAGAUGGAUUAUACUGAAUACCGCAUCCUCCAUGCUCGUGUUGGGGCUGCAAGCCAAAGGUUCAGAGAGCUGGGAGCGGAGAUCAAGAGAGUUCAGCAAGGAACUCCAGAACAUAAGGUGCUGGAAGAAAAAAUAGUCCAGGAAUAUAAGAAGUUCAGGAAGCGGUAUCCAGGUUACAGGGAAGAAAAGCGUCGCUGUGAGUACCUGCAUCAGAAAUUGUCCCACAUUAAAGGUCUCAUCCUGGAGUUUGAGGAAAAAAACAGGGGCAGCUGAAGCUAUCAGAAGGCUCUUUACCCUCUCUCUGCUCAGUGAGAUAUGAAGGAACAAAGCAACUAUAAACUGCAGAGUGCAAUUGUCUGCUCUUCUUAUUGCUGAGUCCAUGGUGGCAAGUACGAGAGCUCUUCUAUUCUCUUUUAUUUCACUUUCAUUGUUGUCGCAUUUUACUUUUUAGGAUGUGGGCACAGUGCCAAGAUUCCACAACUGUGCCCAGGAGACUAGGAAGAGUAGCAGAGGCUUGGCUUCUUCAUCUUUAGUUCAGCCAAGUUAUUUUCAAAUCCUGAGAAAUGACACCAUUCCCAGGACAAGAUACCUUGAGAACAUUAGAAUUUAGCCUGGUAGCCUCCCUAAAGCAACAGUAGAGAGAACUUUUGGUAACAGAGCUAAAAGAACUUGUAAUACACCUGGAUAUAAUGGGAAAGGGCUUAGUUGUUCCCCAUGUACUAAAAGUGAAUUCUUUUACAAACAUGGCCAAAAAAUGAAAACUGA